AUGGCGACCGAACCACUACCGUCGAACCCUAUCCCGGGCUCGGGAAUCCAACGUCAAACAAGAAGUCUUAGGAGAUCAACAACUCGUUUACCGGUCACAAUUCGAUCUCCCAAAGAGUGUACUGUUGUCGAACCAACACGACCUCAUGCCACAAAUCGGAGCCUUCGCCACGUUCCCAAAAGCGAGGCAUCUUUGAGUCGUACAGUCACAAACUCUCGCCUACCGUCCAGAAACGUUCUGCCAAGCGUUGUACAGGCACAACCUCCAUCGGCCACUCCAUCCGUCCGGAGUAGCUCCAGCGAAGCACAGUCUCUAGGCCGCCGAUCCGUACGUCCUCCUGCUUUAAACACAAAGACACCAUCUUUAGUAUCAGGCUCGACUAUAUCAGUGCCAGAUAGCCCCCGAUCAGCAUUACGUAGGAAGCCUUCUACGAUCGAUCAAUAUGCCCUACGCGUCAAGACUGACCCCGAGAGCAUGCAAGAACAUCGAAACUUGAUCAAGACUGUGUACAGUGUGCAGCAUGACGAUGACCCCUUUCCAGAAGCCAUCUUUGGCAUGACGCUUCCUUCUACUUCUGGACAAACAUCUCUGAAGAUCGCCAAUCGGAUACCGAACUCAGGAACCAGCAUCUCCUACUUAAGGACAGACACGAAAGUCUCACGUCCCAUGGUCGACAUACAGGCACCUUUCUCAGAUGCUUCGAGCAGGAAUACCGACUCGCCAUUUAGCCAUCAAUCAACACCAACUUCGGCAUCCUCACAUUCUUCUCUGGCAAUAUCUGCUUUAGGAUCUGCUCGUCACAGAGAUAGCUUGGACCUAGCUCGUGCCGCUGCGAAAACACACUUGAGGAAGGACAAGUCUCACAAUGCCAGUACCACCUCAUCAUCACGACAAGAAAUCAAGAGGCCUAGUGUGUCUGGCUCUAGAGAACAGAUCAAAGACACACAAGAGUCCAUCGGACAACGACCGUCAUUCUCAAAUCCUUUUUCUGCUAAGGUCACACCGGUCCAAGGCAAGAAAGACUCAGCUCUGACAAAGUCGACAAGCAGAAGCAAAUCUCACGGAGCACUUGUUGAUGAUAUUCCGCCAGAGUUCGCGCAUCUGAACGUCGAUCCACCGCUUGAUUACUCGAUCGGUAGGCUGGUACCUCCUCGACGACCAAGUAGAGACGGCAUUGAUAGUCUUGGUCUCCCCUUCGACAUACCUGUGGUACAGAGCAACCUUUCGCACAUUGCGAGAAUAUCAUCUCGAGGGUCAAACGAAGCUGGAGUAGAAUCACCACCACUGAGCCCAAAACGAACAUUUGGAUUCACCUAUCGAACUUCUUCUCGUCAGAGCAACAAAUCCCAAACGCACACAAUAUCACCUAGGACGCCUGUUGAACGCUCUGACAUGGAUUCACCGCUGAGUCGCAACGACUCGCCAAUGAUCGUGCCGAGCCCCAAUACCUUGAGAUCCCCUAGGACAGGCAUACUGUCCAAUGUUCACACCAAGUCAUCAACUCCGCCGAUCGCGUCUGAGAAGCCAAAGAAAGGACCCGCAGCGGGUACUGGUCAUGAGGGUUAUGGCAAGUUCGGCUUCAGAGGAAGAGGGAGCAGUAUAUUUGGCAGGACAAGCCGUUCUUCUAGCAAAGACAGCUCGACCAGUCACUCAGGAUUCUCGUUCUUGAGUAGAAAGAAGAGUAUGACCGACGAGAGUGAGGACAACUUGGAUCAAUUCUUGCAAGAAAGACGAGAGCCCAUAAUCCUUCGAGGAAAUGGAAGACCGGGAUCAAAUUCAGAUGAACGAGAGAUAGCCAACAGUGCUAAAUCUGAUCACGUCGAUGAAGUCAAACACCACACAGACUCAUCAGUUUCAGAAAGAGUCACACCAACAGCCGGCGCUACAAAGCCUGCACUUUCUGAGCUUGGUGGUGAGGGUAAAGAAGGUCAUUGGCUGACUUCUCCCACAUCAAGGAAAAGCCCGACAUUGAUGCAACGAUUCAAGUCCAAAAUCACAAGUCAAUCCCCAGACAACGCCUCUGAACAUCAGCAAACACAUAGUCCGCUACACUUCGACUCCAUUGAUCAGACCACAGACCUCGAUCUCACAGAUAUAGAGAAGCUUCUCAGUGGCGACACCCAUUCUUCACAAACUUCAAAAAGUUCUGAAGGCGAUUCGAAAACUGCGAAUCCGCUUGUGUCCUACGAUCGAAGACACGAAGGUCUUUUGCCGAGCCCGAUGGAAAUAUCAUCCACGAAGAGAGAAUCAUUAGGAUCUCCUGUUCUGCUCCAAGCAAAAACGGUAACUCAAGUCAGAGCCCCUCAGCUUGUAGAGAUAUCCAACACAGCAGGCCCAUCAUCUCGAGAUGACUCGAAAGUCAGACUUCGAUCUGUUGGCAGGAUUCCAAAAGUUGUGCGAGUCGGUCAGAAUCCACGAACUCAACUUUCUCACCAAGACUCUUCGAACCAUAAUCCGGACAAGAGCCAAGCUGCUGAUUCAGUCGCCGACGAAUCACGAGAGUUCAUUGCGUUUCCUUCAAGGAAAGAUUCGGAGCUGUCUUCCACCAGCAGCUCUGGGUUUGGAAGCCCAUGCAUCACAAGAUCAUCAUUCAUCGGGGAAGACGAAGUCUGGAAUGAAUAUGAUAACUUGUUGGAUGAGGUUUUGCCCCCUAGGGUGAGGGCAUCAACUACGUCCUCUGUCGGUGCACCCUUCCAGUAUGGCGACAUGGUCGACCACAAAGCCACAAUUCGCAAGGAGGAGACACCGAAAAGUAUUUCGCAUCCUGAGGCUAGUAGAAGGGUGUCGAAUCUCGACACAAGCCGUCCAAGCACCACUUUCUCGAUAUCUGAUUACCUUGUUGACCAAGACGAUGCUGUUUUGGUGGCUCCCACGCCCCCUCGCGAAGCCAGAAGUCCUCAAAUCGCACCUGCUCUUCCUGAUCGACGCAGUCUGCGAAAACCAGUCUCCAACCAAGAGGCAAGGCCGAUCGACAAUUUUGUGUCUGCGGAGUUGAGAUUUGCAGCACUCAUGACGAGUAAAUGGCUCUCUUUCGGGCGACUUCUGUUCAGCCCCGCUCAUGAGGAAGCGACGACCGGCGACCACACUCGGAUCCUCAUCGUCGACGGACUCGGGAAAGAGUGGUCUUAUAAUUGCGCUCUGACCUACCCAAAGUGCCAAUUCUACAACCUUGGCCCGGAACCAAAUUCAUCAUCGUGGGAAACGCUGUCCAACCACCAUCAUGUCAAGCACCCAUCAAUCUCAUCACCAUUCCCAUUCCCUAACAACUACUUUUCGGCUGUGGUCUUUCGCUUCCCUAUCGCCGCCGCAGAUGAUGCCUACCAGGCAUGUUUUAACGAGAUCAAACGCACAUUGCGUCCAUCUGGAUACCUCGAGAUGUCUGUCUUAGACCUGGACCUUGUCAACAUGGGUCACAUCGCUCGAAAGACCAUCCGCGAUCUGAAGAUACGCAUCCAUGAACAAGACAGUCAGCGCGAAUUCGAGAACUUGCGCAAAUGUGUCGUUGGCAUUCCCGUAGCUGGGCGCAUACGAAGGAGUUACGACAGCGGUAGCUCAAGCUCCGGUAGCCAACAAAAAAGAACUUCAGAACAGCCCGAGCCUGAAUACCUUCGAUUCACCGAAUGGAUGCAGAGCAGCGGCAACAAAAACAACGAAGAAGACGAACGACAUGAAAGACGCAACGACGAAGAUAUCACAAAAACCGUGGCAAAGAUAGGACGCUGGUGGUACUCUUCUUGCUACCCGGACCCUGGCCGGUCGAACACAAUUGAGCUUUGGGAUACACCAGGUUUGUUGAGAGAGUGCGAGCGUCAGAGGACUAGCUUCAGGCUGCUCUUUUGCUACGCACAGAAGCCAGUCUGUGUUAAAAGGCGCACAGCAAGUGUUUGA